ACGGAGGUGACAGCAGUCGGUAGUCGAGGUAUGGUAAUGGCAAGUUGCUUCCGUCGUCUCCCGCAAGUGGGUAGUAUACGAAUAGUUAUUUUGUAAAACAUUCUAUAUCUAACAAAACCGCGAGAGCAACAACCAAUCACAGGCUGUUGUCAUCAUACAGGGUACAGUUGCAGGCACCGGGUGAAACACGUGGCAUUUUGUAUUCUCUGGAAAACCGACGAGGUUUAGUUAGUCUUAACAACAGAACAUUGUCGAACUAACUCUCGCCCCCUCUUGGGACACUUAACCCGUUUAUUUAUAGUGCUAACGGCCGUCUACCAACACCAUCAACAUCAACUCUCUGGGAACCAAGGAGGACUUUAAAAAGACCAGCAUAUUCCAUUGCCCAGUUCUUUCUUAAAAUGAAGUCAGCGGCGACAUUUGCGCUUUGCGCACUAAUGGUCCUUGGCUACUGUUCGCGCUCAAGAGGUGACCACUCCAUCACUGUUGCUCCUGCCUCCGCACCCCACGGUCCCCCCGGCACCUUCACCACCACCGCCCGGUCCUCCACCCCCCACAGAGGAGAUGGAAAAACCGCCUCGGAAUCCACCGCUGUUGUUGCCCAAAAGCCCUCGCCGACCCCCAGCAGCUCCCUGGCUCCUGUCCUCCACUCCACACUAGCCAAUGCCAGCGACACAAAUGAGAGUGUGCCCAGUGCCAGUGCUGAUGCCAACGGGAAGGACACCGAUGCCGCCCACUCAACGGCCCCCCCUCCACUGUCCACCAACCAGACUGGCACCCAGGCACCUGCUCUCACUGUGACAGAUGGCACAGCUGUCCCCACAGCCGCUGUCGGGGCCAACGGGACGCACCAAACAGGAAGUGCCACCACCGCCUCUCCCACUGCUGCUUCCACCGCUCCGGGAAUUCAAACUGAGGUGUCUGAGGACAAUGGUACCCUCUCCACCUCUCCACCCACUACGGCUGCCCCCGCCUCCGCAGUCCCACCUGCCGUCACCCAGCCCAUCGACUCCAAGACUCAGUCAACCUCCCCAACAACAACAACAACAACAACAACAACAUCAACCAUGACAACCCCACUCACAACUGCUGCUCCUGAGAUCGUCCCCCAGAGCGCCAGCCCAGUCCCUGGACAUAAGAAGCCCACGGGUAGCAGCAGCACCAUCACCACCACCACCAUUACCAAUAUUAAGGUUUCUACUGCCACGACCAGCGGCAGCGUAGCUAAAUCAACCACCACAACCAGCCCAACUGCUGCACUCGGACACCCCACCAAGGCAGCAGCCCUCUCAGAGCUCAACGUAGGCGAUGAUGAGGGCAGCUCUAAAGGCGUACCGGAUCCGUUGCUGGCUGGCCUGGUGUCUGUUUUCGUUGUCGCUGCAGCCAUCGUCUCCCUCCUGGUGUUCCUGAAGUUCCGUAAUCGGAAUGAACGCCCAGAGUUCCGCAGGCUCCAGGAUCUUCCCAUGGAUGACAUGAUGGAGGACACCCCUCUCUCCAUGUACAGCUACUGACAGAGCCCCAACUCUCACCUUUAGUCAAGACUGAUACGCAGGCUCCUGCCGAGCCGUUCCCUUUUCCCCCAGCAUUCCCUGCUUUAGAAAACAAAAAUACCCCCUGCUUUAGAAAACAAAAAUACCCCCCCCCCCAGCCCGCGCCAAAAGAAAUCUGCUUUUAGAUGCGUGUCUAUGUUCAGCUAGCAGGGGCACUAGUGAGCUGCACAGCAAGGCGGCUCCUCUGGCCCGUUCCCAGGCCCUCCUGAAGAAGAGAGCUGGCUGCACACACACACGCCACGAGCUUGGACAGGGAUGGGCUUGAAACAUGGCCACAGACUUUGUGCAGCCGCAUCCCGACCUUUAAAUCAGUGUUCUAGCGCCCCCUGCAGUUGGGAGGCUGGCUGCCACUCUCCACCCCCCACCCCCAACAUCACCCCAAGUCCCUUCUCGAGUCCCUAGCUGCCUUUUCUCUCUAUAAUUGACUGCCACUGGAGCAGUGACUUGCUGGCCUAAGGGACUUUUCCUUCUGGAAGUUAUGUUCUUACAGAUUAUUGUAAUGCUGAAGAUGAAGAGAACUAAUGUCUGUUACACCAAAACUCGUCACCACAGGACGAUGUUUCAGUGGAAUAUGAAGAGACCAAAGUCUAUUUGUGUGCAGAAUAGCAAAUGAUGGCUGGCUCCAAUUCUGUCCAGCUACCUAUCGUGUUGCCAAACAGUACGUGUUUAAACUACACAACCCACAAUCCAGUAGUGACAAGAACACGGCAGCGAAUCAAGUAUAAUUCUGGGUUGUUUUGAGCCAUGUUGGUUAUCAGUAGAAAGAGAGUACAACCAGUAGAGAUGCAAAUCGGGGAAAUGGCACAACCUCUUGAAUCGAGAAAAAAAAAGAAUGUCAGAAAAAUGCCCAGAAGUCAUUAGUGAAACAAACCAAAGGAACUUUGUGCCUUUCACAUUGGUUCUUUGAAACUGAUAGAGUGGACCUGCCACAGGUAAAUGACAAAAUGGGAACCUUUUUGGGGGAAGUAAUGCAGCUGAAAAUGGAAGCAUGUAUGACACACGCUCUUUGCAUUGUGACCUCUGGCAUAGUAGUUUUAGUAGAUUGCACAAUGGUCAUAUGCCAAAUACCUAAAUAAAUGGCUUUGUCUUUGACAAAGAUGUUUUAUUUUCCCAGGGAAGCAUGACAUUGACCGUCUAAGUCUGGUGGUAGGUUUCACUCAAGGGUGGUCAGCUUAGAGCCUCUAAGGUGCGUUACAAGGGUAGCUGGGUACUUUGUGGUUGUAAUGUCAUGACUGUGCUCCAUGGCAGGUUGUGACACUUGGAAAGACACUGGGUUGUGUGUGUGAAAACUGUUUUAAGAAGUUUCUUUUUUUGGUUCACCUAUUUGACAGGUUAGUGUUUUCUUUGUGUGUGUGUGUGUGUGUGCGUGGGUGUUGUCGUUUUACUUUUUACUAGAGCAUUCAGUGCAUAUUUUAAACUUUUUUUUUUUAUUAUUUCCUAACAUUUGUAGAGGCUAAACCUAUCUCACUUUGAGAGGCUUGAAAGCUUAACAGAUCUUUUGUCAUUCUUCAGAGAAGUACCAAGAUAAUUUAUUCACCUCCUUUGCCUUUGGAAGGUUGACGUCUCUUCCAGCACAUCAGCUCCAACGGAUCUGGGGUGUGUUGUUACAUGCCCUCCGAUGCUGCCAGAGGAAUCCACAGUAUUAGGCAUUACUUCUGCUGUCUGUCAGUUGGUCAGAGAGAGAGAGAGAGAGAGAGAGAGAGAGAGAAUGUGUAGCCACAGACUAGCAAUCACCAAAUUCCUGCUGUACAUUCUGUCCCCUCAUGAGAAGGUGCACACUUCCCGGGCCUGGAGAGUCAUUUGGUAUGACUUGGGCUGGUGGUCAGAAAGAAUUGAUCCAUGAAUGGAGAUACUGUCUCACCAGAGAAAGUACUCUUGAGAAAGGUGUGGCUCGAGCAAUGAGGCCAUUUCAUAUAACAUUAAACUAAUGCUGUAAAACAGGUUAACCUGAUACAAUGUACAGUGGGUGUCUGUCUGUAGAUGAAGUAGUGCUGAUGGUCUCAUCAACUAAGUCGGAUCUGUCUAACUCCUAGCCUUUGUCGGUGCACAACAGGACAGCUCCCACACCUGAUGCUGCCCUUAUCAGCGUUUUACUUUAAGUACAGUUUUUCUCCUGGCUCUUUGGACUUGACUGUAAGUUCAACACUUAACAUGUUUUUUUUUUCUUUCUGUUUGGUUGUUAUCAGGUCCAAGAAUGCAAAUGCAAAAAAACAAAACAAAGAUAUUUAAAUAGCAAAUCUCUUGAGCACUGCCUCUCUGUGCUCACUGAUAGUGAAAUAAUUACUAGUAAAUAAUUUAGGAGGCUGAAUAUGAUUGACAUCGAUGUUGGUAAUUGUAUUUAUACAUUUGUUGAGCAAGUUGUGUUAUCUUUGUAUAUUGCAGCUCCAGAAAAAAAAAAAGUGCCAAAUUGUGUUCUGUAUUUUAAGUUUUUGCUGUAGAAUACAGGAUUGUCUUUGUUAUGUGACUUUUUUUUUUUUUAUUAAAAAGACAACAAAAAACAA